AAGCGAGUUCUUCCGUUCCAUUCAUUCCUUUGAUGUUCAACCUUGCUUCCGGUCGCUAAGUGCGCAGGCUCAGAGUUUGAUCCAAGAUGGCUGCCCCCGUGGAUCUGGAGUUGAAGAAGGCUUUCACAGAACUACAAGCCAAAGUUAUUGAUACUCAGCAGAAGGUGAAGCUUGCAGAUAUACAGAUCGAACAGCUAAAUAGAACGAAAAAGCACGCACAUCUUACUGAUACAGAGAUUAUGACUUUGGUAGAUGAGACUCACAUGUAUGAAGGUGUAGGGAGAAUGUUUAUUCUUCAGUCCAAGGAAGUAAUUCACAACCAGCUGUUAGAAAAACAGAAGAUAGCAGAAGAAAAAAUUAAGGAACUGGAACAGAGAAAAUCAUACCUGGAGCGCAGCGUGAAGGAUGCAGAAGACAACAUUCGGGAAAUGCUGAUGGCCAGAAGGGCACAGUAAAAAGUACCGUGAGAAAACCUUUAUUCAUCCCUUUUCUCUGCUCUAACCUGGAGGACAUUUUGGAAACUCUGCUUUUAUUUGGACCAUUGUUAAGCUGCGGCCUUCUCUGUGGUGGCCCCCUGUAUCUCUGGCUGAGCCAAUUGCAUAUCCUUGGCCUGGGGCCUGAUCAUGACCUGCUGUGGGUGAGAGGAAGAGGAGGAGGAGAAGAAGAGCCCUGGGCAAAGGAAGGACCCCCUGCCCAAUGACUCCAAUGUUACCAUUUUUGUUACACAAAUAAAAGGUAUCCAUCCCCUUCU